GCGCCCCUAUAAAAACGUGGGCACCGAGCGAGCGGAGGCAUGACCGAGAUUUCCCAGCGCCCGGCGUGCAGGGGAGCCGCGGAUUGCUCGCCGGCAGCCCCCCCACAGCCAGCCCCGGGCUCAGCUCCGCCGGCCCGCACCAUGCUGGGGCUCUGCCUGGCGCUGGUGGCCACGGCCCAGCUCGGGCGCUCGGCUCCCGCCCAGCCGCCGCCCGCGGGCGCUCAGUGCAUCGAGCACGUCUGCUUCGGCGUGUUCUGGGGGCGGCAGCGGUUCCCCGGCGCCAGCCGGCUCUGCCAGGCCCGCGGGGGGCAGCUCAUGACCGUGCGCUCCACCGUGGCGGAGGCCGCCAUCGCCCUGCUGGUCCAGAACCGGAGCGACGCCAGCCUGUGGAUCGGGCUGCAGCUGCCCCCGGGCCAGGCGUGCUCGGACCCCGGCCGCCCGCUGCGGGGGUUCCGCUGGGUCACGGGCGACGAGCGCACGGACUACAACCGAUGGAAGCCGGGCGGCCCCGUCUGCGGGUCCCAGUGCGUCGCCGUGGCGGCCCCGGAUCUCACCUGGGAGGAGAAGCGGUGUGACUCCGAAGCAGACGGCUUCCUGUGUGAGUACAAUUACCCCGGCACGUGCCCCAAGCUCGCCCCCGUGGCGGGCCUGGCGGUGACCUACACCACCCCCUUCGGGGCGCAGGACAGUGACCUCCUGGCCCUCCCUCCCCAAAGCACUGCCUCGGCCCCGGCCCUGGGCGUGGAGCUGGUGUGCCAGGAGCACAGCAGCGGGGGCAUGCGGUGGAGCUCCGCCAGCCCCGGGGCCUGGCACUGCCAGCUGGAGAACGGCGGGUGCGAGGCUUCGUGCCAGUGGGACGGCGGGACCCCGCGCUGCACCUGCCCCCCGGAGAAGCAGCUGGACCGGGACCAACGCGGCUGCUCUUCCCUGUGUGCCGACGCCCCCUGCGAGCACCUCUGCAUCCCGCUCGCCGUGAACUUCACUUGCAUGUGCCACGAGGGCUAUCAGCUGGCGGGGGAUGGCAUCAGCUGCAGAGACAUCGAUGACUGUCAAACCAAACCGGACCUCUGCGACCAAGGGUGCAUCAACACCGACGGGGGCUUCCGCUGCCAGUGCCACCCGGGCUAUGAGCUGGUGGACGGCAAAUGUGAGGACGUGAUCGAUUGCUACGAAGAGAAAUGUCAGCACCAAUGUGUGGACGUGGCAGGGGGUUACACCUGCAGCUGCUUUAGUGGAUACGCCCCAUCCCCCCAGGAUCCCCAUAAAUGUGUCCUGUUUUGCAACCAGACGGAAUGCCCGGCAGACUGUGACCCCCAUACACAGGAUACGUGCUACUGCCCGGAUGGCUUUGUUCUGGAUCACUACAAUGGUAGUGCAAAGAUGUGUGUUGAUAUCGACGAGUGUGAGAUAGAAUUUUGUGAGCAGCUGUGCACGAAUAAGCCAGGCAGCUACACGUGUCAUUGCCGGGAGGGGUACAGACUCUACAAACAGAACUUGUGUAUUUCUGAGGAUGAGUUUUCAGGUGAGACGGAGCUCUACCCGAAAACAGCAGCUCCCACCCCUGUCCCACCGAAGCCAGACAGCCUCCACCCCGGAGUGCUGAUCGGAAUCAGCAUUGGCAUCUUGUCCACAAUUUUGGUCCUGAUGGCCAUUCUCUACCACCUGAUGAAGAAGCACUUCCCAGUUCAUGGAGCCAUGGAUUAUAAAUGUAGCAACAGGACCGAAAAGGAAGUGGUGCUGCAGCAAGUCCCCCCAGGAUGCCCCUCUGCUAACCAGAAACUGUAAAUAAUCCCAUUGGAUUGAAAGGAGAAAGAUGGAAUUGGUUGGAAUUUUUCAAAUUUCUGAUGAAAAAUUUUCAAGGAAAGUUAUUAAACUAGCUGCAGAAAAAUAUGCUUUGCAAGAGAUGAGAAAACAGAAUGGCAAAGCAUAUAAUGCUGAGCUAAUCCCAUUUCUGCAGCUUUAAAGAAACCAGUAGAUGCCUUUUUGAUUUCCCCCCUUUUCCAGACUUGGCGAUCUUUGUGGGGUUUAAAGAGAGAACUUUAUUAUAUUUUGUGCAUUGAGAAAACUGCCCUUGUUUGGAACUGACUAUUGAAAUCUGACUAUAAAAGAAGAGAAUAUAUGCAACUGACUAUUCAACAGUAAUAGACUUUGAAGUGGUGUGGUGAAAGCGACUUUCAUCCAGAGACAGUGUCAUGAGUUCUUUCCCACAUCAGACUGGAGCUACUGAGCAAUCAGGAAGAGUUGGAAUGCUCCUGCGACAGACAUAGGUUUGGCUUAUUUUUAAAAAACUGCUAAUUACUAACAAGUAGCAAAGAUCUUUCCAUCAGUUCUUCCCCUACCUUCCAUCGUCCUGUCCUCUUUGUUAUCUGUAAGAAAUUGCAGCUCCCCACAUUUAUCUGUCUUAGGGGUUUGUUCUGCCACCCAUUACCACAGUAUCUGAGCACCCUUCAUGUAAAAUCAAUAGCAAAAGCAAAGCCCCUAAUGGACUUUAUGGAAUCUCUGCCCCUUCCCCCUUUCAGGGUCAGAACUCUGCUUAUUUGGUUGCUGUUUGUUUGUUACAGGUUUUUUGGUUUUGAGGGGAGCAGGUGUUUGGGUACAUGGACUGUCAAUGGUGUGUCAUUCUUGCUAUGUUGGAAAAGCCUUCCCAUUUGAUGGUUGUGUCUUCCAGUCACAUUUCCUCUAGAGGUUUUGUUCCCCUUCUCUCACUCUCAGGUUAAAACAUCAUUAACAAAACCAGUUCAUAUUCUCCUGUUGAUAAGAACAUAAGAACGGCCAUACUGGGUCAGACCAAAGGUCCAUCUAGCCCAGUAUCCUGUCUUCCGACAGUG